AUGGUGGAGAAGUUCAGGAAGACCAGCAUCCAAGCUGCUGCUCCUGAUCACUGUUAUGCUGGACCUGGAGAUGUGGUGUGCAACAUUUGCACUAGGAGAAAACUCAAAGCCGUCAAGUCCUGUCUGGAGUGUGUGGAGGGCUUUGGGCAGAGGCAGAGGAGAUGCCAGCACAUAAUCCAGUUGAAGGAGAAGGAGCUGCAGGAGCUGAGGAAGGCUGUGGAGACUCUCAAGUCUGGUGCACAGACAGCAGUGAAGGAGAGUGAGAGGAUGUUUACUGAGAUGAUCCGCUCCAUUGAGAGAAGGCGCUCUGAGGUGACAGAGCUGAUCAGAGCUCAGGAGAAGGCUGAGGUGAGUCGAGCUGAAGGACUCCUGAAGCGACUGGAGCAGGAGAUUGCUGAGCUGAAGAGGACAGAUGCUGAGAUGAAGCAGCUUUCACUGACACAGGAUCCCAUCCAUUUCCUCAAGAACAUUGCGUCCAUCACUGAGAGGCCUUACAGCACAACUUCAACCAGUGUGACCUUCAGCCAAAGCUUCUCCUUGGAGCCCCUGAAGAAAUCUGUGUCUGCACUGAAGAUGCAGCUGGAGGAGAAAUUACAGUCAGUCUUCAAGCAGGAAAUAGUCAAGAUAUCUGCAGCAGAGUGUGACAUCUUGACAUGA